UUAAUUAGAUAUGAUUUUACUUCGGGCUUGUGAAGUUUUAGUGUUAUCUAAUUCGCUAAAUCCUGUCGACUAUUUAAUGAUUCUAUAAUGGUGAAUUGGUACGUGCAAGUGGUAUAUUUUUGGGAUGGUUUAUCGUAACUAGGUAACGAAUUGUUAAACCUUGCGACUAUUUAAUGAUUCUACAAUGGUAAAUUGGUACGUGUAAGUGGUAUACUUUUGGGCUGGUUUAUCGUAACUAGUUAACAAAUUGUUAAACCCUUCGCGACUAUUUAAUGAUUCUACAAUGGUGAAUUGUUACGUGCAAGUGGUAUACUUUUGAGCUGGUUUAUCGUAACUAGGUAACAAGUUGUUAAAACCGGCUACCAUUUUUUCUGUAGUGAUGGGAUGAGGUGAAUGUGAGGAUUAAAUAACAUUUGGAAGACAAAAAUAAGAUAAGAUGAACUUGAUAUAGAUACAUGUUACAACUCUUUAUAUUGUAUGUUCAGCAACUUUGAUUGUGUAUUAAGACAAUUAAGUCACCUUUAUGUUGAAGCUAAAUUCUCACAUUCAAGGAACUUUGGGUUUGGAAUGAGAGUGAUCAUGUAUUAUAGGUUUUAUGAUCUUGUUGAUGUGAUUCAGCUUGGAUCUUUUUGCAUUUGACGAAUCAUUGUUUUUUUUUGGUUGUAUCCUAUGCUAUGUGACAUUGUGAGUGUGUUCUGUUUUUUAGUCUUUCCUUCUCAGGAGCAGGAGAUUUUUAUAUGAUAGAUGAAAAUGUGCAGAGAGAAAUCAUUAACCAUAGGUCACUGAGACAUCCCAACAUUGUCAGAUUCAAGGAGGUUAUAUUGACACCAACACAUUUAGCUAUUGUCAUGGAAUACGCAUCGGGUGGAGAGCUGUUUGAACGUAUUUGUAACGCUGGACGGUUCAGUGAGGAUGAGGCACGAUUCUUCUUUCAACAAUUGAUUUCUGGGGUCAGCUACUGUCAUGCGAUGCAAGUUUGCCAUAGAGACUUAAAGUUGGAGAACACGUUAUUGGAUGGAAGUUCAGUUCCUCGCUUGAAGAUUUGUGAUUUUGGGUACUCUAAGUCCUCAGUCCUGCAUUCUCAACCCAAAUCAACUGUUGGAACUCCUGCUUAUAUUGCACCGGAGGUCUUACUGAAGAAAGAAUAUGACGGCAAGAUUGCAGAUGUGUGGUCUUGUGGGGUAACUUUGUAUGUAAUGCUGGUUGGAGCUUACCCAUUUGAAGACCCUGAGGAACCUAAGAAUUUUCGUAAAACAAUUCAUAAUGUCGCCAUCUGCUCUCAAGGAUAUUUGUGGCUGACCCUGCCAAGGAAUGCAGGGAAUGUUGCGCGUUAUGUUACCCACUUCACCAUCCUGACCACUAAAUUUGUGUGGCAUUGUCAGAGAAUUUCAAUUCCUGAGAUAAGGCAGCACGAAUGGUUUCUGAAGAACCUACCAGCAGAUCUCAUGGAUGAGAACUCGGCAGACAGUCAGUACGAAGAGCCGGAUCAACCAAUGCAAAGUAUUGACGAGAUUAUGCAGAUAAUCUCAGAGGCAACUAUACCUGCAGCUGGAUCCCAGAGUCUGAACAAGUAUCUUACCGGGGACUUGGACAUUGAUGACGAUAUGGAAGAGGAUCUAGAAUCUGAUCCCGAGCUUGAUCUUGAUAGUAGCGGGGAGAUUGUAUAUGCUGUUUGAUGAAGUAUCUUCUCUGAAAUAUGGCGCGGAAAGAAAGAAUCCCAAAGAAUGAAGCUCAACUGUAAUUUGUAAAUGAGUGACUGGGAUUUUCAAAGGGAAACUAAAAAAAAGCCUUUAGUUCUCUCUUGUUCAUGUCAUGUAAUAUUUGUAUAAUUUCUAUUACUAUGCCUUUGUGGUACGCAAACUUUGCACCUCUCUUCACAGAAAUGAGAUGUAAAAUUAUGUGUUUACCUUCUUCUGGUAUCUCAUUCAAGUGUAUAUUAGAAAGUAAAAUGGGAGAUUAGGUGUUUUAAGAUUUUCUUAUUA